CCCUAUUUCUCUCUCGCUCGCUCUCCCUCAUUUGCUCUCUCACUCUCACCACGAGCUUCUCUCCCAUCAUCCAUCAGCACAAGCACCUCUCCACUGUCACCAGACAACCACACAAUUACUGGCUAUUUAACAUUGCAUUAUUCCCAAGAAUUUAUUAGCUCAUAUUUCCUCUUUAUUUAUUUUUCCUUUUUUGACGUGUUUCGUCUCCAACCCUUUUUUUUUCCCAGGAUGAUGUUUUUUUCAGGAGCAUGGAGCUCCUUUGACGGUUGAGAGUAUACCUCACUGAGUGGGUAAAUAUUUCACAGAACCCGGUGAAGAGAAGAGACCGAAGGAGAGAGAAGCAUCCCGACACAACAGUCAGAGGGUGGACGACGGGACCACCGGCAGUAGAAAAUGGCUGCCAUCUCAACGGUACCCAGUUAUACCCCUUCGCUAUGGGUGAGACUGUGCCACUCCAUCCCCCGCCUGGACCUUGCCAUGCAGAAGAGGGACAACAACUUUGUACCUGACAGCUGGGAGUACCAGCAGACUUUGCUGGUUUUGUCCAGUUUAUCGGCCGUCGCUCUUGUCAUCUCCCUUUUGGUGGUGCUCUCCUUCCUCAUACACUACUGCUGCUGUCAUCGUGGCGAUCGCAGCGAAGGAUCGGAGGAGGAGGAGGAGGAGGAUGGCAGCACGGGUCACGGUUACAGCGGGAAGAAGGGGCGGGGCAUCUGCUGUGUCACAUGGGUGGUGGUAGCGGCUGUGACACUGUGCUGUGUUGCCAUAGGCAUUGGUUUCUAUGGCAACAGUGAGGCUAAUGAUGGGAUGUAUCAGUUGACCUCAUCUCUUCUCACAGCCAAUUAUACGCUGGCUUCCAUCGAUCUGCUGAUUUCAGACACAGUUACUGGUCUGCAGCUCUCUAUCUCCAGCCCACUCACCACAAUGGAGGAGCUCUUUACUGGCAGUAAACCCUUCCUGGUGUCAACGCGGAACUGCCGAAGGUUAUCGGCGAACGUCAUCAACCUUCUCUCAUCUAUCUCCGUGGCCCGACCCAGUGUUGAGGCGGGGCUGGGGAAUGAUAGCAAUACUAGUGGGGAAUCAAUCAUCCCUCUGACCCCAGUGCCGCCCUCAGUGGCUCCUACUGUGGUGCCGAUUAGCAGUUUGAUGCCCAGCCCCUUCUCACCCGGCUUGGUAGCAACUGCUCUGAUGGUCAAUGAGGACUACAGAUGGCUGUCAUACGUGUUGCUGCUGCUGCUUGACCUCAUUGUGUGUCUGUUUAUCCUGCUGGGACUCGCCAAGCAGGCCCGAUGGCUCCUCAUCCUGAUGACUCUGCUGGCUUGGCUGGCUCUGUUCCUGAGCUGGGGUUCUCUGGGCUUGGAGACGGCCACUGUCGUGGCUCUCAGUGACUUCUGCUCAGAUCCAAACAUGUUUGUCCUGAACUCCACUCAGUUCAGUGCUGGGACCAGUUCAGAUGUGCUGGACUACUACUUGACCUGCAGCAGGCACAUGAACAGUCCCUUCCAGCAGCUGCUGACCCAGUCGCAGAGGGCGCUGUCCAACAUUCACACACACCUCUCCAGUCUGGACAGAAAUGCUCUCACGCAGUUCCCCAAAGCUGAGAAAUCACUCAGGAAGGUUCAGCAGAUACUCAACUCUACAGAGGGCAACUUUCAUCAACUGGUGGCUUUGUUGAACUGCAGAGGUCUGAAUAAGGACUACAUUGACUCGUUGAAAGGGCUGUGCUAUGACGGGAUGGAGGGAUUGCUUUACCUCUUCCUGUACUCUUUCCUCUCUGCUCUGGCCUUCACCGCUAUCCUCUGCUCUCUGCCAGGAGCCUGGAGGAGCUUCCCCGGUGAGACUGAAGAGUACGAAGACUCGGACAGCGAGAGUGAGGACCCCUUCACUUCCCAUCAGGCACGUAGACAGACGUCCACGGGGUCUCAGCGAGGGGCCCCCUUCUAUAAUUACCCGGGGGCCGGUUGGACGCCGCCUUUUUCUAGUGCGCCACCCCUCCCGACUCCAAACGUUUCCUCCAAUGGCAACCCUGGCUAUGAGAGCCUACCCUUGACUGACAGGCAGUCCCCACCCCCCUCUUAUUCUCCCAGCAUGCUGACCACUUACGGGGGCAGUCAAUCACACCCCAACCCCGCCCAUUCAAGAAACAUGUAUUCACGUUGAAUUUUUUUUUUUUUUUUUUUAAAGAAAAUGUAUAGGAAAAAGUUUAGUUUUCAUAUGAAUGAACAUUUUACUGAAAUGAAAAAGAACUAAUCUAAUAAAAUGAAUGCUGUGUGUUAAUACAAAGUGCAUAACAUCAGUUUCACUGAGUAUCAUUAAAGCACUUAUAAGAAACAGUUCUGAAGGAACUGUUGAAAUAACUGAUGGUGAUUAUGGAGGUUGCACAUAUAUAUGAACCAAGAUUACAUGGUGUAAAAUUCUGUCCCCUAGUCUGUUCCAACUGUGUAAACUGUAGAAUGGCAUUGAUGUUACAGCAUUGCAGUUUUAUUUUUCAGUGUACCAUCAAUAACCACCAAUUUAUUUUCAAGAUUUGGGGAUUUUUGUUGGUCAUUUGUUUUUAUAUAUAAAUAUAUAUAAAUAUUGUUGUAGAAAUACACUGGAACGUAGCAACACAACAUAUUUUUUGUGAAUGGUUACACAGUCCUCUUGCUUGUUAUAUAUAUUUUUAUGAUUUUUUUUUUUUUAAUAUAGGUGACUAUUCUGUAUGUUCUGUGUAUUAUCUUCUGGUAUAAUGUAUAUCUCACCAUCUAUAACUGGGAAGAAACAGUUAACCUUUGCUCUUAAAAAAAACCUGGAGGGCUAUGAAGACCCUAUUUCAAAUACCGAACAGAGAACAAUUAAGUGUCACUCAGUCCUGAGUGGACAGCUGCAAAUCCCAUGCAAUGACAACAGGUACAUAGCAAUAGGAUUCUUGCUACUGACGCUGCAGUAGCCCUACCGUAACUAGCAAUAACUCUGUAUAGCACGGGGUUUCUGAGAUCUCUCCAAAAGUUUUGUAUAUAUCUAAAUAUAUAUAUAUAUGUUAUGUUGGAGGUUUUAUUGAAAUCCUUCCCCCCCUCCCAAAAUCCUCGCCAAAUGACCUUGUUAAACCUUAAGUUGAGUUUGUAUGGUCUUAUUAAUGCUCCUUUUGAAUGGCAUCCUUUUACACUCAAAAGUCUAAUAAAAUAAUAAC